CAACCCCUCGGAGUUGGCGCGCGCGGAGUGGGGCGUGUGGAACGAUAGGAGGAGGGUGUUUCCUCGUGUGUUGGCCUCGAGGAUAUACUGAGCGACGCACGAGCUCGGAACUUCAGUCUCGAAGCGACGUGCGCUACCCUCGUUGGGAUACGCGGUGUCGCUCACGCGCGAUUAUCAUGCUUGAGAAACGUGCUAUGUGUUCGUACAGACGACAGGUGCAACCCCUUCUGAUGCUCGCUGCUUUUCUCGUUGGCGUCCGAACGGAGAUUGUCGACCCAAACUUUAAGGAACCAAUUGCCAACGUGACUGCCCCCGUCGGUAGGGAAGCGAUUCUGUCGUGUGUCGUACAGGAUCUGGCAGGAUACAAGGUGGCUUGGUUACGAGUGGAUACGCAAACCAUACUGACGAUAGCGAAUCACGUGAUAACGAAGAACCACAGAAUCUCGGUAUCUCAUAGUGACCACCGUACGUGGUUUCUCCACAUACGCGAAGUCAGAGAAUCUGACCGAGGAUGGUAUAUGUGUCAGAUCAACACAGAUCCUAUGAAGAGUCAGAUAGGUUAUCUCGAAGUUGUCGUUCCGCCAGACAUUUUGGACGAUGAAACAAGUACCGACAUGGUUGUACGAGAAGGAAGCGAUGUGACCUUACGAUGUUCAGCAACGGGUUCUCCUGCACCAAACAUUACUUGGCGUCGUGAAGAUGGUCAGCAAAUUCUACUCGGAAAUGGAGAAAAAGUGAUGAACGUGGAAGGGGCACACUUCAAUAUUACCAAGGUAAAUCGAUUGCACAUGGGCUCGUAUCUCUGCAUCGCGACCAAUGGCGUACCACCAUCAGUCAGUAAAAGAAUCAUGCUGAUCGUUCACUUUCCACCAAUGAUUUGGGUACCAAAUCAGUUAGUAGGUGCUCAGGAAGGGCAGUUAAUGACGUUGGAAUGUCUCUCGGAAGCUUAUCCGAAAUCUAUCAACUAUUGGACCAGAGAAAAUGAUGAGAUCGUACCCCAAGGAGGAAAAUACGAGCCAAUUUUAUUGGACAACAAUUAUAAGGUUCAUAUGAAGUUAACUAUACACUCAGUGAAUACUUCGGAUUAUGGUUCGUACAAAUGUGUUUCAAGAAAUUCAUUGGGCGACACCGAUGGAAGUAUCAGUGUAUACGCGAUACCUUCCGGUUCUGGUUCCAAUAGCAACACAGGCAAUGAUACAAAGUACAAAGGAAAACUGAGACAAAAUUCUGGGAACAAUAUUCUCGAAGGGAACCAAGAUAUGUUAAAGGAACGAGAUUUGAAACUUCGUAGCCGAAAGAAAAACGGCGAUGGGACUGAUGAUUACGAAGAUUCGAGUUCAACGACGAGGAAAAGACACUUCAUCCUGCUUGAAAGUCAUAUCACGAUCCCGGUCAGCAUAUCGUCGUACUCCCACGGCGAAUUCUCGCGAAUCGUCACGGAACUUGGCGAAUCCUCUUGUCAAAAUUACCGCUCAGGGACUUUAAUUCAAGAUUAAUGCUGACCACACAUGUUCGCUUGUAUUAUAAUGUAAUAAUCUAUAACAAUGUGUAGGAGGCAAGUAAAACGAAAUAAUGGUCCAUUUUCUUGGCGAGUUUCGAGAACAAUUUGUUGUCUCACUUUAUCGAGAUCUCGCAAGUUUAUUCGUUAGCGAAGCGACCGAAGGUUUUUCUUGAAGGUAGAAUCCUUCCUUAUAGCUACUCGACUGCCAUCAGUCCGUGUUUUUCCAUGCUCGUCCUUUUUAAACAAUCUUUUUUUUUCUUUCGAAAUUUCAAGAGACGCUUUUCCAAAAAAAUACAAUAUAUCGAAGGACGUGAGUUAAUCGAUAGUUUGAGGACGGAAGGAUGUUUGAUCAGGAAGGACGUUAUUAUCUUUCGAAAGAAACGCAAAUUAAUUAUAUUAAAGUUCAUUUUCGACUACAUACUGUAAGUUGAAUGUAAGAAUUUUUAUUAAGUCGUAUGAAUCUUUAAUAACGUGAUAUACGAAGGAUAUUGCGAAUGAUGAAAUUAAUUAUACAAAAUAAAAUUUCUAUAAAAAAUUAAAGGAACCAAGGCAAGUAAUCGUCUUUCUUGAGUGAAAAACCUUAGAAGUAGUUUAUGAUGUCCCUUCUAACUUUCUUGAUUACAAUAUCAGAAAUUGAACAGCCAAUGUAAUUGUACUCGAAUUAAUCCAAUUAAUUAGUCUCACUUUUGUCGAAAGGCUAAGUAUAUAUGAUGACAUCAUCGUGAAAUAAAAGAAUGGUCAACUAAGAUAAUUCAUUUGAUAUGAAAAAAAAACAGCAUUAGAAAUUCAACGAAAAAAAAAAAAAGAAAUCGUCGCAUGACUUUGAAAAAGAUAUAUUGUAAAAAGAUCACUAUGAUACUGAUCCAGGACGACGAUACCCUAUCGACUUGCCGUAUUGUUUUACACAUGUACACAUAAUAAUUGAUAACGAAAAAACGAUAAGCGUGAAGAAUACUGUGUAUAGAUUUAUCUAAUAAUGUACUAAUUAGCCAUUGUACACGAAACUCGGAUUAUAACAGUCAAUGCUUCAAAUCGCACCACUAAACCUCCUACGAAUUCCCAGACACGUAAUUUUUAGUUCACCGAAAGGAUAAGGCUGUUUAUUAGUCGACACGAUUAAAGAAUUAUUGGAAGACUGUAUGAGGGUAUAAUUUUUUUAAACAGAUGUGCCCUUUUAAUCAUUUCGAUGAUUGAUGAUCGACGCUUCGUGCGGACGAUAAGGCUUUAUCGUUUGUACGCGUGCAGAUACAUACACACACAAACACGAAUACAAGUAUUGUACAUAUGAGAGUAAGUGAAUAUUGUCAUAAUCAGUAUGAAAAUGUGCGAAUAAUUUUGAGAAUGAUGAGACGUUCUUUACAAUGAGCCGUUUUGAAUUUUUAACUUUUCUAUUUGUUUUCUAUCUUUUUUUGAUUAAUUGAUUCUUUUUCCUAUCUAUAUGUAUAAAAAACAUCACGAUGGAAUAAUUAAAUCUAUAUCAGGAAUUAUAUCACAAUAACCAUGUCCGAUGUAUUCAAAGCAAAGCGGCUCAUUCCUAUCGAAUUGAUCGAUAACGUGAAUUUUUAAACGUUUGUAUAUAGAUAAAGUAGCAAGAAAUGCGUGUAUAUGUGCUUGCGUGAGAAAAGAAGUAAUAGGCGAAACAAAUUAUUUUUAAAUUUCGUAUCGAUAUCAUUAUAAUCUAAUAAGUUAAUUUGAUUAUUAAAUAAUCUGUUUGUCACAUACGUAAUAGAAAUUUUGAGAUGGUAUGCUCUAAAGAAAAUCAAGAUAACUUAUCAAAACACGAAACUGUCAGAGUUCGUUGCGAAACGUUUGAUACUAAACGCACGAUGGAAAUGAAACCAAUAGAUUGGUGCCAUAUGUGCGUACUCUUAACAAGUUAUUAUAAGUUAUAAAUAUUCGUAUAAUUUUAUAGUAUUGCGCGAAUAAUAUUUAAUGGACUUGACCUCGUAAGUCUUUACAUUAUCGGACAAUAGUAAGUGGGAAACAAGAGAAACAAAGAUAAUGUGUAAGGCGAAAAUCAUAAGUUACAAUUAUCAUACCUCUGGAUAUAUUUUGUUUAAUUCAACGUUAUACGGAUCAUAAAACCAGAAGCAAUAC